AUGGAUGAGAAAAAUUUCACCCAAGUGAAGGAGUUCAUACUUUUAGGGUUCACAGCUGACUUAUGGUUACAGAGUGUUCUCUUUUUCAUCUUCCUCACCAUUUAUCUCUUCAGUCUCUUGGGGAACAUCACCCUGAUUUCUCUGAUCUGUGCUGAUUCUCGGCUCCACACACCCAUGUAUUUCUUCAUUGGAAACCUUUCCUUCCUGGAUCUUUGGUAUUCCUCUGUCUAUACUCCCAAAAUCCUUAUGACCUGCAUCUCUGAAGACAAAAGCAUCUCCUUUGCAGGCUGUCUGGCUCAGUUCUUCUUCUCAGCUGGAUUGGCCUAUAGUGAAUGUUACCUGUUGGCUGCCAUGGCCUAUGACCGCUAUGUGGCCAUCUCCAACCCCCUGCUUUAUUCCCAGGCAAUGUCCUCAAGGUUAUGUACCAGUCUUGUUGCAGCUUCGUACCUUGGUGGCUUUCUUAACUCAACCAUCAUUACCAGCAAGACAUUUACCCUGACCUUCUGUGGGAACAAUAUAAUUGAUGAUUUUUUCUGUGAUCUUCCUCCUCUUGUAAAGUUGGCCUGUGACGUGAAGGAGAGCUACCAGGCUGUAGUCUAUUUCAUACUUACCUCCAAUGUCAUUACUCCCAUCAUGCUUAUUCUCGCCUCCUAUCUCUUCAUCAUCACCGCCAUCUUGAGGAUCCGCUCUACCCAAGGUCGUCUCAAGGCUUUCUCCACUUGUGCCUCUCACCUGACAGCUGUCACCUUGUACUAUGGUUCAAUUCUCUUCAUUUACUCUCGACCAAGUACGAGUUAUGCCCUGCAAAGGGAUAAAGUGGUGUCAGUGUUUUAUACUGUGGUGAUUCCAAUGUUGAAUCCUUUGAUCUACAGCUUAAGAAAUAAAGAUGUUAAAGAUGCUCUGAGAAAAAUGGUAGACAGAGCAAAGUGUUUCUAA